AUGAUAUCGCCCUGCGAUCCGGCCAUCCUAAGCAACAAUCCCCAGUUCAAGGCCCUCCAUCAACAGUUGACAACGGCCAUCUUAAACCCCGAUGGCUCCACACGCGCCAAUGCCACCGAUCCGUCCCGGAGAGCAGUGCAGGCUCUCCGAAACCUUGUUUCUGUCAUCGUUCUCUACCUUCAACACUCCCCCAAUAAUAACAAUAAAGAGAACGGAAAUAAACAAAUCUCCCCGGACGAGACCUCCGAGCUCCUCUCUCUUCUCUCCCCAGAUCUGAAAAAGUUCCACUCGGCAAUUCCCUCCCUCAUCCCUAGCAUCACCGCCAUCCUCGCCGCGGACCUCACUCAUCUAAAAACCCUCGCCAACGCCUCACCCCCUGUCAACAACAGCAGCAACAAUGACAGACACAACUACCAAACCGCCACAAACACCACCUCCUUUUCCUCCUCCGCCCGCAUCGCAACCAACAAGAGCAAAAAUACCCAACCACGCCCCAGUAACCGUCUCCGCCCCCUCUCCCUCAAACCCUCCCCAACCGAUAUAUCCCUCCCAUCCCAACUCUCCAGCCGCUUGCGCACCCUCCGUACAAUCCAAUCGCACGACCUCCCCACAGCCCGGAACAAAAUGACAGUCACGGCCGCAGCUGUAUUGGCGGCCCAUGCGGAAGUGAUGGAGCGCGUGAUACAUAUCCUUGAGCGGGCCAAGCACGGCGUUUUAGCGCGCGGGGUGAAAGCGAGAGCGGACCAUGUGGCAGUCGUGUUGGAGGGGGUUGAAGGGAAGGUUUGUAUCAUGAGACACGAAAUGCUCUCUGCAAUCUACACGCCGGAAACCACAGCUGCGCUGACGCGUUACCGCGAUCAUCUGGGCGAUACGCGUCUGCGGUUGGAGGAGAGGAGGAAACAGGCGUUGUUAGAGCUCGAGGCGUACGAGCGGGCGGAUAUGGGGGAAAUGGGAAAACGAGAAGCUGCAGGUGUUGUGGAAGGUAAAGGUGACGAGGGUGGUGGUGGUGAUGGUUCAGGGAAGCCAGGAGCAAUGGUGGAGAUUGCAAGGAGCCUCCGUACACAAGGAAAAAGGCCUCAAAUACAAGUUACUCCCUACCCCGCUCCCCUCACUCGAACAAAUUCAACCGACAAACAACACAGUCAUAGUCCGAAAACUAUGACGGACGCCGACUCCCUCUCAAUCUACGACGAAAUUGAAAUCGAAGACAUGACCUACGACGCCACAUUACAGAUCUACCACUACCCAUGUCCCUGCGGCGACCGGUUCGAGAUCGGCGUUGCCGACCUGCGCGAUGGAGAGGAGAUCGCGGUGUGUCCCAGUUGCAGUUUGAUGGUUAGGGUUAUUUAUGAUUUGGAUGAUCUGCCUAAAGAAAGCGAUGCGAGCGCUGGUGCUAUCGCGAUUACUGCGUAA